AGCCGUGGCCGUCGCGCGGGACGCACGCACUGAUGACGAGCUAGUUAACCAAAUGAAUACUCCGCGGAAUCGGAAUUCGCGAUCGACGUGCAUUAGUAACGAGAAACCCGCCGGUCAUUGUUGAUUGUGUGCUAUUUUUACAUCAUCUAGGAUAAGACUCUUUAGGACUGUUCCUGUUUGUGGCUUAUGUGCCGAGAUGUUCCGAAGGCGCGGUGCCGAUGGCGGGGGCUGAGCGCGCUCGGCUAGGCGCCCAUGCGCGCCUGCCUCCUCGUGUGUGCGGCGCUCGCGCUCGCGGCGUGCCGGCCGCGCGCCGCCGCCGCCACGCACGCCACGCACGCCACGGAGCCCGCGCGCCUAGAACACAUCAAAACACAAAUUCUGGCCAAGCUGGGCCUCUCCUCCCGUCCCACGCCCCUCGGGACGCCCCCACGUGACGUCGUGCGCCAGAUCCUGGCGAGGGCGGACACGCACCCCGAGCCGGCGGCUCCCCCAGAGCAAAGCAUGCGGGAGAUCAUUGCAAUCGCGCAUAGAGGUGAAGUUGGUUACAUCAGCUCAAGUUACACAUACUUAACUCAUGCUGAAGUCAAAGUGAUGAAUAGGUUUCAAACUAGGAAGAAAAAGGAAUAAAGAAUGUUUAUUUAACACCACAUAAUGUUAACGAAAUUAUAAUAAAAAGGUGAACUUAUAACUAAUCCGUGUAGUGCUAAAAACGGUAACUGAUUGAGCCCCUGUACUAGUGUAGGCUAUAGAUGAGGUCACUAUAAAUAAAUCAAACACGACCGUGGUGGAGCAGACUUACCAGCCGCGUGGGUAAAUGAGUGACAAUAUUGCGUAAGGCAUUUUUGGUCCACCAAAAUAGGGAAUAUUUUUAUCGUAUAUAAAAUAUUCUAGUAGGAAAUUAGUUAUACAUGAGUUUCAAUCCGCGCACCGAUACUGUAUUGAUUUAUA